CCGAGAUAAGCUCGAAGAGCACCAUUCCAAAGCUGUACACGUCCGCCUUGGCGCUGAUCGGCAGCCCGGAGAUCCACUCGGGGGCGAGGUAUCCAAUGGUGCCCGGCAUCGUCGUCAAGACCCGGCUGAAGUCCCUCCCCACCAGCUUCGCCAUCCCGAAGUCGGCGAUCUUCGGGCACAGGUAGGACAGCCCCCUGGUGAUGCUGAGCAUGAUGGCGUAGCGGUCGUGCCAGCUCGGGCACGGGCUGCUCCCGAAGAGGUAGGAGUCCAGUGAGCCGUUGGGCAUGUACUCGUAGACGAGCAUCUUCUCGUCGCCGCCGGAGGAGCAGAAUUCGACGAGCCGGACGAGGUUGAUGUGCUGGAUGAGCCCCAGUGUUCACCUCCGUUCGGAACUGCUUGUCGCUCUGCCGAAGGCCCUCUAGUUACUACUUGGAUAAAGCUAUAUCUUACUCGAGCAUUCCUUUUUCUCUUAUCACUCGAUUUUUGCGCUGUCUGGUUUUUUGCCCGGUCACAUCUGAGGCGUGGGAUCUGGCUCUGCGUGCUGUCAUCUUCCUUUUCGUGAGUUUUGGUGGGCCCACCUUGUCAGCCUAUGUUUAUUUGAUUCUUAUUCAAACAACCUUUUCGUAAAUCAAAACAACCUUUUCAUAGGCGUUCUUGAAUAGAUCCUUCCCCCACCACGCAAUUCCUCACGGCUUUUGAUUGCGCUUCCGCGUUUGGAGUUUUUUGUUUGUGGUAUUCGUCUGCGCGCUCCCCCUCCCUUUCUUGAGUGGGUUUUUGGAUUUGGGGAUUUUGCGUUCUAGUUUUCCCGAUGAUUUUUCUCCCCCUUGCGCGGAUCUGCGUGUGUUUUGUCAUGUUUCACCUUCGUUCUGAGGAUGGGUUUUUUUUGGGGGGGGGGGGGGGGGUUCGCGACCCCGAGGGUGAGGCAGUUCUUCUAUCCCGCUCAGCUCUGUUUCGUGCGGAGUCACCCCCUGUAGAUUAUGUGUGUUGGGUUUUUUUUUGACUUUUUUUGUGGGGUUUCGAUUUCACAUCCCUUUUUGAUUUUUGAGCUUUUAACCCGCGCGUUCGACUGAUAUUUCAAUGUUUUUUUGGAUUUGUUUGGAUUUUCUCUCUAGGCCUCUGUUUUUCACCCCGUCGGUGGGGGAGAGGUUAAUGGGCAAUCUCUUCUCUCAUAUCACACUGGUUUUUCAUCACAUGUUUUUGCAGUAGGGGAUUUUUGUGACUUGAAGUUGGUAUAUUUAGAGGGUGGGGGGGUUGAUUUUGUAUGGUUUGAUGGGGAUCCAGGAUCAGAGCUGCCGCUACCUCUAUUUUCUACUUUGUUUUGCUUUUGUAGUGAUUUGUUCUAUUUUUUCUCUCCCCCCAUUUUGUCAGCUCUGUUUUUAUUUUUGAUGUAUGCCACUUUAGUUCAUUUUGGUAGCUCUUUUUCUUAUACUGGAAUAGUAGGAUGUCAGGUAGGGUAUUUUUAGAAGUAUUUUGUUAGAAGGGUGGAUGGGGUUAUACAGUAGCGAAAAUAUUUUUUUUACAGCAUGUCAAUGGUAGCAUUUAUACCACCCACCUGCAAAAAAAGCCCUAAUAGUAGCAUUUUCACACUGCAACUUUUCUUGAUGUGGUGCCAUGUAAAUUUUUUCGUUAUAUUUUUUGUAUAAGCGGUAUAUAGAACGCAUAAUAGCAAUUGACUUCUUUUGAAUGUAUGCCACUUUUGUGCGUUUCGGUAGCUCAUUUUUCAUAUAGGAUCUGAGGUAGGCUUUUUAGAAGUUUUUUGGGUUAGUUUCUGUUGUUUUUAUCAGCCACCUUUUUUUGCCAUGGUUUUUGAUGUUGUGUGUCAAGUCAGUCUGUAGGAAAGAACUUGCUCCGGAGUAGUAUCUAUGUGGCCAAUUUAUAUGUUAUGCGCAGUAGUAUGUAUGUGGCUCCUGUCAGGUUUUUUAUAAUCUUUAUCAUGUUGCAGUUACUGUUUUUUUCCGAGACUUGCUCCGGACAUUUUUGUUCAUGCAUCAACUUUUUCUACAUGUGUUUUAGAUGGCUACCAGAAGACGUAGAGGGGUAGCAGAUUAUGGCAGGAGUAACGCAAGAGAUGAAAUUAAUGAUCCUUUCAUCCUCAAUUCAUCUUCUGAUUCUGAUGAUCUGAAAUGCUCGAGUCCGAUGGCGAUUCUGCCCAAAGUGAAGGAUCCUCUUUUAGUGAUGAUCAAGAUCUUAAGCGUGAACUGUACAAGGAAGUCUUACUAGAUAAGAUGAAGAUUAAAUCUGUCACCAAAUCCAAAGAUGCAUUCACGCGCUACUCUGUCACAACUUUUUCCUCUAUUUUAGACUCUCUUAACACCUCAACAGAAAAAAGUUAUCGAGAGCUAUGGUUUCGGGUCACUGCUGAUUUUGAUAAGUGCUUCGUCCCAAACAAAUUUGUCAAGUGGGUAGCUAAUGUGGUUGACUACAAGUCAGGGAAUAUAGUUGUUGAUGGCAAGAUUAUCUUAUUGAUAAAGGAAUCUAUUCACUGUGUUCUUGGGAUCCCUAUUGGCGGCAAUUCAUUCCCCUCUAAUACUGCUUGUGGCAAAGAAGUUGUUCUAAACAAGUUCCAGAAGAACUCCAUCCCAUCAGUCAAAUUCUUUGCUAAUAAUCUUGAGAAAGGAGAAGAGUUGUCUGAUGAAGACGUCUUUAUUUGCUUCAUCAUUGUUCCUUUGAGUAGUUUCUUGUGCCCCAACUCUUCAAUAACUUCAAGCCCUAAGCACUUUGGUAUUUUUGCUGAUAUUGCAAGAGUCAAAGAUUUUGACCGGUCUGGAUAUGUCUUAGAUGAUUGGCUGCUUGAUUCUAUAAAGUUGUUCAAGAAAUCUAAAUCUUCUAGGGUUAAAGAUAAUCGCACCCUGGGUGGUUGUCUGUACUACCUCGCUGUGAUCUACCUGGAUUUCGUUGAUUUUGGCCCACGCCGCCUGCCUAACACAUUGCCCCAUAUAUGUGUUUGGAAAGGGAACAUGAUAAAGACAUACUCUGAUCUUGACAUGAAGAACAAUGGUUCUUACAGCUUCCGCCCUGUUUUGGACUUAGCGACACUUGCUACUCAAAGGACCUCCAUCUUCGUGAUACAAGCUCACAACAUGUAGCUCUUGAUGUUCAGUUUAUGGAUAAACUUGAUUAAGUGACAAGGUGCAAGCUCCCCACUAAUCUCAAGAAUGACAGUUGCAAGGCAAUAGAGAAUCACUGUUUCAAUUGUGGGCUCAGAUUGGAUUUGGAUGUCACUGCUUUGGCUAGCCUACCAGAUCAUUUGGUGCCAUGUUCUCCAAACUUUUGAAAUAUGCAUCUAGUAUUGAUUCUAGAUCAAAGAAAUUAGUUCUGGAUGUCAUGAAGAUAGUUGGUGAAUUCCCAGGCAACAAUGAUGGUGAUGCUGCCUCUGGCAUAGCUGCAAAAGACACUCCUCCAAUUGUUCAUAAUGAUAACCAUUCAGGGCGUCAAAAUAUAAGCCAUCCAGGAGGCACACCUAUCAUCGACCAUUCUAGUGGUACUACUUUUGGAUAAUAUCAUGACAUUGGUAUUCAGUUGGCCCCCCAUCCCCCAACUUCUUCUUUGGAAAAGAACUCUCCCCUUAAUGGUCCACCUACUCAGAAAGAUUCAGAAAUACACCCUCAUCAGCUGCCACACAAUGAUUUGAUCCCUUCAUCCUCAAACUACAAUUCUUCAGCGCUGAAUCAGGAACAUGUCAACAGGAUUUUGGAGAAGUUGGCUAAGACCGAUCCUUUUAUCAGGAGUAUGAAGGCUAAAAUGGCUAGUAGCACACCCCCCCAGUCCCCACCAAAUGCCCCUCGCUCUGUUAUGAAUCCUCUUCAGGACAUCACUAAUGUUGAUGUUAGUGGUAGUCAGCAUACCCCCAAAUCUCCUCCCAGCAGCCGCAGCUGCGAUAAGCAAAGAGAUGUGAUUUUGCUUCAAGAUGAUGUAGAGUUCGUACCUGAUUCUUUUUCACCCCAGCUGCACUGCGGUGAUCGCAGAGUUGUUGUUGAGAAGGAAUCUCUGCCCAGAGUUACACCAAAGUUGUCCAAGAAACGUGAAGCCUCAACCUCUAGCCAAAAUGUCACCUUCUCUUCAAUAUCUAAAGUUUUGGACUUAAGUAAAUCUCCUGAGGUUGAAGUUCUGGGCCAGACCAGUUUUUCUCAGUCUAUUCGUGAUAUGACAAGGAGGUUUGAUCAUAUUUACAACAAAAGGCUAAGGACAUCUCAAGUGCCUUGUUUGCCCCCAUACGACCAAGGUGCUCCUGGCUUGCAUGAUCUUGGCUUAGGGAAUCUUUAUCUGUUUUGCCAACCUAUCAUCCUAGAGACCGUUCAACUGGUGGUAAAAUGCCAAUACAUGGUCCUAGAAGGGUUGUGAAGCCUGGGCCUAUUUUCAAUGGAGAGUUUGAAACUGCAAAGGCCAAGAUAACUGUUUCUAAAGCUGAGUUUGGAAAUUAUCAAGCAAUAUGCAAUCUGGCAACUUCUCAGUAUAGCAAUGAGGAUGUUGUUAGCAUCGGUAAAGUGCGUUGCACUUUUUGGUCUCUUGGAGAGUCUCUGAAGCCAGGGGGGAUGGUUAACGUGGCAGAACCAACCUGAAUUAUACCGGCUCAAGUACACGAGUCCUCUCCGGAGGGCUACCUCGUACUUCAAACGGUAUAAAACUAUUGGUCUGUCGGGUAACGUCCCGAUAAACCACCGAACGCAGGAUCCAACAAGAUACCUCACACGAAGGAAUGUUAGUGAUAUCAGCUUUCUGCUAUAGCAUGUACAUAAAGCCAAACGCCUCUUCGGAUGUGUCAAAGUCGUAUUAUUUCUUCGCUAACAUUGGUGUACGAGAAUUUGUUAAAGGAUGUUGAUGAAGCUAAUCAAGAUGUUUUGGCACGUUCUUUCAAGAGAUCUUCCAGGAAUAGGCCUAUUAACAAUUCCAACAAUCUGUAUUUCCCCAUUCUCUUCAGUGAGCACUGGUUUGUGUUUGUUGUUGACAUUAAGGAUCACAAAUUUAUCUUCCUAGACCCAUUAUACCACAAAGAUCAUGAGUUUCAUGAAAUUGUCAGAGACAGAUUGAUCCCAUCUUUUCAAAUUUACUGGGACAGGUUUUUUCAGGUUGAUAUGGGUUUUGACGAAUACGAGAUCUUAUAUCCUGAUGUACCCCGUCAGCCAUUGGAAAAUAG